AUGCCUGCUACCAAGCUUACCAACGGCCUCGUUGCCAUUCUCGGUCUGACCUCUAUGGUCUACAGUGAGAAAUCCUCCAAGGGCGACCUCAUUCUCUGUGAUUGCGGCAUUGGGGACGACAAGGAACACCCCGACUGGUCCACCUCUCGCCAGAUGAACUGGUACAAGGACAUCAAAUGGCCAGCCUCUGCUGCCAACUAUCCCAAUGCCCCAGACAUGGCCGUUCAAGUACCAUACAAGGACGGAAUAUACCCUUGGAUUCCCCAGGGAGUCACUGCUACCAUGCCAAAUGGUGAGGUAUGGACCGCCUACAUCGAAGAUGGCACUCCUGAUGGCUUCAAAGCUGGCAGUGCUGUUUCCAGCAAGGAUGGCAAGAACAUGCUCAACUGCUGGGCCUAUCGGGGACGCCCUGUAAGUGCAGCCAUCAACAAGACUGUCAGUCAUGAUGCCAUUUGCUGGACUGCCUUUGUUUGUAAUCAUGACAACGAACCCCCGUCUCGGCCUGACGAUAUGGAUCACCCAUCUACCAUGACUUCCUCUACUGCCACUCCCGCUACCACCUAUUAUACCAAGCCCCCCAAGACCGUUACUGCCACUGUCACUACUACAUCAGGCCAGCCGGUGCCCACCUACAACCCCAACAAGGGUACUCUGAGCAUUUAUGCGGGCGUCAACCCUCGAUUCAUCAACUGGCAGGAUACUUGGCAGUCAUUCAUCAACCAUUUCGUCUGGGACAAGAACUCUGGCCGUUGCAUAGGCGAACCAGCCCGUGGUAUUGGCUACAACAUCACUAUUGACUGCGCCGGAAUUCAGAUUGACGAAGACACUCACAUGACUCUUCUCCUGAUCAAGGCUCUGCGCGAUGUUGGGCUCAACAGCUUGUGGUUCAACCAGAACCCCGUCAUUCCGGGAGGAAAUGGCCCCAAUAACACUUCUCCAAACUGGGUUGUGAUGCCUGAAUCAUUCACCUUGGAGGCAACUGAUCUGGGCACCAACAAUGUAGUUGGCCGCCUCGCGUACAAGACUCAUUACGAUAAUUUCCUCACUCCCCCAUGUUCUAUCUGUGAGAUUGGACGCUUUGACAAGAAUUUCUUCAAUCCAAUCAUUGAAUCCAUGAAGGGCAGUUAUCCGGAGUUCAACAACUUCACCAUCAAGGGGCAAUGCGACCCUUGGAUUGCCUGUGUUUGA